AUGUCCGCAAGAUUCAUUUCCCUCGCCACCAUUGCAUUGGGAGUCGUACAGGCGCUUCCUCAGCCUACUGUCGCUCCGACUGCCACAGUCACAUCACCAAGUGAGGUCACUGUUGCACCACGCGCUGCAGCAGGCAACCCAUUCGAAGGCUAUGAUUUCUACGCCAACCCAUACUACUCCUCUGAGGUGCACUCGCUGGCUAUUCCUUCACUACCAGCUUCUCUGCAUCCUGCUGCUUCCGCGGUGGCCAAUGUCGGUUCUUUCGUCUGGAUGGAUACCCGCGCAAAGGUUCCUACUAUGGACGAAUACCUUGCGAUCAUCAAGGAACGGAACGCUGCCGGAGAGAAGCUCAUGGGAACUUUCGUAGUGUACAACCUUCCCGACCGAGACUGUGCCGCUCUGGCUUCCAACGGAGAACUUCACAUCGAUCAGAACGGAGUGGAGCUUUACAAGACCGACUACAUUGACAAGAUCGCCGCCAUCAUCGAGAAGUACCCCGACAUCAAGAUCAAUCUCGCUAUUGAACCCGAUUCCCUGGCCAACAUGGUCACCAACAUGAAUGUUGCCAAGUGCCAGCGUGCAGCGCCAUACUACCGCGACCUGACAUCUUAUGCCCUCAAGAAGCUCAACUACGACAAUGUCGAUAUGUACCUCGAUGGUGGUCACGCUGGCUGGCUCGGCUGGGAAGCAAACAUUACGCCUGCCGCCAAGAUGUUCGGCGAAGUCUUCAAGGCCGCCGGUUCCCCUCGUGGUGUUCGCGGUAUCGUCACUAACGUAUCUAACUACAAUGCUUGGAAGAUCGGUGCCUGCCCUGCCCUCACGAGCCCCAACGCCAACUGCGACGAGGAGAGGUUCGUCAAGGCUUUUGCACCCUUGCUCCAGGCCAACGGAUUCCCCGCCCACUUCAUUGUCGAUGUCGGUCGAUCUGGAAAGCAGCCCACCGCCCAGGAGCAGUGGGGUGAUUGGUGCAACGUCCGUGGAGCUGGCUUUGGCCCCCGCCCUACUACCAACACUGGCAGUGACCUCGUCGACGCCUUUGUCUGGGUGAAGCCGGGUGGCGAGUCCGAUGGUACAUCCGAUACUUCCGCUAACAGGUACGAUGCUCACUGCGGUCGUCCAUCCGCUUUCAAGCCCGCCCCCGAGGCCGGUCACUGGUUCCAGGCGUAUUUCCAGAUGUUGUUGGAGAACGCCAACCCGCCUCUGGCAUAA